AACGCCUCCUGGCUGCAACAGGCCAGGCGCAAUGCUCUCAAUAGUAGCUAGCUAGCUACCAUUCAUCGAUAGGCAGAACCAGGUCAGUCCAGUCUGUCCUUCGCCAAACUGGAUCGUUUUCCAAACAAAACGUAAUUAUACUGUGAGAAAGACGUAGGUUUUAAGUUUGACGGGUUUUUUUUUUUUUGUAUUUCAAUAUUAGUCAGAUAACGGGAGGCAAGUGAGUUAGCUUAGCCUGCUGAAAAGUACCUGGCUUGUACGUCGCUACAUACCUUAGCACGCUAGUGGUUACUCUGUGUAACCAAACCUGCCGCCAAAUAUUCCUCGAACAUUAUUGGGACAUUGAAAAGUAACGUUACGGAACCAGAGCUGCAGAAUGGCGAGGCCUUCGAGGAAUAAGAGGGUAGUGGAUUAUGCCCAGUUUCAAGAGUCUGAUGAUGCUGAUGAGGAAUAUGAAGGAGAUUCCGACAGACCCAAGAAGGCAAUGAAACAGAGUGAUGAGUCUCGAAUUAAAGACCAUAAGAAGGACCUUAGCGAUGAUGAUAAUGACUAUGGUGAGGAGGAAGAAGAUGACGACGGUGGAGACAGUGACUACGAGACUAAAAAGAUUAGCAAGGGAAGGCAGGCGACCGCUAAAAGGAAAAGAGCUGCAGAUGACAGUGAUGAUGAUGAGAAGGUUGUGAGGAAGAAGGGCCGGCAGGUGCGUCAGGCUGCUAGUAAAGCAGCCUCCAAACAGAGGGAGAUUCUUCUUGGGGAUGGAGGCAGUGAAGAAGAGGAGGGGGAGGAAGAAGAAGAGGAAGAUGACAGUGAUGUUUAUACAGGAGAGGAUUCAGGCAGCGAUGAAGAUUUUAUGGUGGAAGACGAUGACGAUGACAGCGAUUAUGGGCGGCCCAAGAGGAGGAACUCAAAAGUCAGCAGGAGGAGCAAAGACAAGAAGUCCCCAAAAUCCAGAAUAAGAACUUCAGUGAGCAGGGGGACAAAAAAGAAGAGAGGAAAGCGUCAGACCAAGGCAAAGAGGGUCGUAUCCAAAAAAGUCAUCCCUAAAGACGAGGACGAAGACAUCGAGAGCCCCAGGGAGGGAGAAGAGGAGGAGGAAGAGGAGAAGGAUGGGCAGGACAAGAAGAAAGGCGAGAAGAAAAAAUCACCCCCAGUCGAGAAGGCUGAAGAGAGCGCCGGAGAAGGGGAAGACAACGAUGGCGAGGAGAAAGAGGGGCGAGAGAGUGAGAAGGAGAAAGAGGAAAAGGACGAUGCCUCUGAGGAGGAUGCUCCAUCAGGUGAAGACUGAUUGUCUUCUUUCUGAUGGCAGAAAAUUGUUUUACCCGUUUUUGUCUUUUCUUAUUGUGGAACAGUGGAGUUUACUUUCCACACUGUUCCAGGUGUUUUGGAUGUUUGUUUAUUUCUUUCAUCCUGUAAAUACAAUAUUUCAGAUGAACUCUGUGAAGUAUCAUCCACACUAUUUGCAAACAGUAUCACUGAAGUACACGCACCACUUUCUCUAUAUCCAGCUUAUGGUAAUCUGUAUUAAUAUUGAGCAUUGCUUGAUGGCCUUUUUGCUAAUUUAAUCCUUAUUCAGUUACAAAUUAGAGAGUGGUGGAACAUUUCUCGCACAGUCAAGAUCGUGGUCACUGAUGAACAUUUUAUGAACAGAUUUCUUUUGUUAAAGCUCCAACAUUGAACCCUCUCAGAAAACACAAUUGCAGAUUUAAAUAUAGAAUAUUAGAUCAAUGAUUUGCGCUAAUGCUGGGAAUGUAGCUCCAUGAAUUAAUGCCAUUACCUCCUGAAGCAAAAUACAAGAUUAGACAUAGUGCCGUGAAAUAGCUGGUUUUUGAGGGGAAACAUUACACUAGUUCACCACAUAAGCAAAGCUUAUGAUCUCACUCUUUUUUAUUUUAAAUGCUUUUUGUAGCUAUGGGAAGGUUUGUUUUAUUGUUCAGUAACUGUGUAAGGCUUCUUGUCAUCGAGCUGCUCUGUGGAUUUGUAGCGCACCAAUUUAGCCACAAUAUUUGUUCAGUUCCAUUAUAUUACACAGAUAAGGAACGUUUUGUCGUCUUUAACCGCAGACCACCACUUUCUCUGCCAUCAAUUCUUAAUUCAGGCUUUACUCAGCAAACUGUAUGUAAACAUCAAUCCUGUUUUGUUUUUGUUUUUUUUUUGUCCCACCAUGCCCCAGUGUUACUAAUUCAUUUUUUUGAAAUGUAAAGACAUGAAAUUGGAUCUUCCAGAUAGAACCGUAUUUUGAACUUCGAAGCCAAUUUCAAAUCAGUUUUGCAAAAAGCUUAUAUGCUGGAAAAGAACGGACGCUUAUACAUCACCUUGUACAUUCUCUAACAGUUUAAAAUAUGAAAACAUUAAAAGACGUUAACGUUAUGAUGCUUUUAAAACCGUUAUGCUUUAAACAUUUUUGCGGCUUAAACGUAGUCUAUAAUUGCAUUGUAGUACUGCAGUUCACGGAGUGGCAUUACGUGUGUCGUGAGUUAUGUUUAGAUGGUGUGACAGGAAAGGUAGCGUGGAUGAUGAUGUUGGGUGUAUGAAUGUCAGAAAGACUGUCCGAAGCGAGCUAGUAACAACCUUAUUAUUGACUUUGUGAUGCUUCAUAUGUGUAUUUUUUAAGUAUUUUGAUGCUCAUAGAUGCCUUUCAGAUAAAUUAUCUGUGGAGCCAAUUGGAUGGUGAAGCAGAGUGUAAUUCAGUUCACACCAUCCUGAGCUUUCUUUUGUCUAUUUCCAUGACUUCUAUCUUUGUCCAAUUAUGUAGCCUUUCAAUCUAUGAUAAUUUAUCUAAAAUAAAACUAAAAUGAUCUGAUUUUUGGAAUAUUUGUUUUACAAGGAAAAAUAAAACGUAUCUUGCCUUUAAA